GAUAAGCAGGUCAAAGACACUGCAAGUCAUCUGUCCGGCCAAUUGACAAUUGUGCAAAUACUUUUAGCUCACUGUUGCCUAUAAAAAGCAUGUGACCCAAUGCAUACAUUAUUAUUACGCACUUCGGAGUACUUUGCAAUUGACUAUUAAGUGUUUUAAUUAAUCAUUUUAAUUCAUCAUGAAUUUAUUGUCGUUGUGGUUCCACCUGCUGCUGAUUUCCAUGGUGCUGCUCCUGAUUGCUCCUGCUGCCGAGUCAACUUUUCUCUUGUUUGCUUGUAUCUUCCGACUGUCGAUCUGUCCGUUCCGUACAACAACAGUAGCGAGUAGUGGUUAAAAUUAAUGGCAAUUUAACGAUGACAAAUUUUGAAAUAUUCUACAAGAAACACAUGACUUU